GUUGCAGACAUAAAGCGGGCCAACAAUCUUCUAACUGAGCAGGACUUCUUUGCACUGCGGUCCAUAAGGAUCCCUGUGAGAAAGUUUAGCUCAUUCACAGAAACUCACAACACUGCUCCCCAUAAAAGCAGCUCACCCAGUGGUACUCGCAGAAUCUCUGAGAUCCCGAUUUCUGGAGCUUCCUUGGACUCUUCAUCCUCUUCCUCAUCUGUGGACAGCGUGGAGUGCUUCCUGCAGGAGAAGGACAAGGACAUUCAACUUCUCGUCAAGUCAUCUGCCCCUUCCAGGAGCAGCCUGAACGAGGUUGUGUCCUCACUGGAGCAGCCGCUUUUGGGAGAUCCCGAGCGCAGACCAGCCCAAAAGAAAGACCCAUACUAUGGUGCUGACUGGGGAAUG